AAUGGUAUGCAUAUAUUCUCUUUCAGAGCCUUCCUCUUGGGGAGCAGUCUAAGUGUACACAGAUCAAAAUCUGUGUGGAGAUUUUAUAGAUAUAGAAGGAGAUGCAGAGAUCCUUUGGGAGCAGCAAAGGCAUGGGAGGAAGCGGUGGCAACAGCAUGUUGAAGACGGUCGGCAGAGUGGUCGCAAGGGCUACUGUUACCACCACCAACACUUCUACUGCUUCUGCUAACUCUACUGCUUCAAGACCCACCCACAAGCCCAAUUCCUCUAAUCUCCUUUCACUCUCCUCUGCUUCUUCUCCUUCACCCUUUUCUCCACAUAAUCUUGCUCCCAUCUCUGCCACUUCUACUCCGCCCACCACUCCCCCCUCUUGCCCUCCUUUUACCUCUCCAUCUUACUGCGAUGAGUUUGAAUGGUUGUCUGUGGAUGGGAGUACUGAGGAUGAACUGGCAUGUGGGCUUUGUGAUGAUUUUGUCUUUGGCUCUGUGCCUUCUGAGGAUGAAGUGCGAAAUGUUCUCUUCGAUUUGCAACAGGCCCUUGGUCCAUCUGCAGACUCACAGUUCAUUAAGGAAAAAUUUGCUCGUAAUUCUGAUAAGGAGGCAAUGGAUGCAAUUUCAAGUCCUACUGGUGGUUCGAUACUUAAAGUUCCUUCAAUUUCAGAGUCAGAUUGGCGAGAGCCGUCACUACAAUUAUGUAAUCCAAUGGUGUCGCAAACUAAUGGAUCUAACAGAGUUUAUGAUGCUUUCCAUUUGUUGCAGACCGACACGGCUAUUCAGAGGAUGGUUAUUUCCUUAUCUUCUGAUAAUACUGUUUGGGAUGCUGUCUUGAACAAUGAAGUAGUAAAGGAGCUUCGAGAGUUAUUCUAUGAAGCUGAAAAUAAUGCUCUUCCAAGCUCAGCUGAAAGUGUUGUCAACGAUAGUCUUUCAAGCUUAAACGAAAUUUCUGAACAAUCCAAUGCAGCGACAAGCAUACUGAAGUGGAUUUUUGAUGGCCCCAAGACAAAAGUCAUGGAGCUUGUGGAGAAAAUCUUGAAUCUUAUGAAUGACUUGUUUCAGGCUCCUAAUAGCAAGCGUGAUAAGGCAACAACAGAAGCAACUGCAGAUCCAUUCAUGCAAAAAUUGAGGGGCUCUUUCACUGUUUACAUUGUGGUCCUGUUGAUUGUGGUUCUGACCCGGACUCACAGGACCUGAUCCUCAUUCGAUGACAUGCUCCAUUAGGUGACAUUUACCGUUGGAAGUUUCUUAAUUUCUAGCAAGCAUAUGUUAAUAGAUAUUUUGAUUUUCAGUUAAGGAGAUGUGAUGGUAGGUUCAAAGGCUAAUGGACCAAAGUGCUAGUUGAAUAUAGGGUUUUUACAUAAUAAUUUCCGAUGUUGAAUUUAUUAUCUUAAUAAUAUUAGAACUUUGUCCUGCUAUGUUA